AUGGCUCAUACACAUACUCCUCCUACACCUGUUUCUCUAGAUACCACUCCAGUAAUGAAAGAAGUUGUGACAAACUAUAUAACUUCUUUUGCAUCCUCCGCGACUCCAACUGGAAGUAGCGGUGGUGAUGUUCGGCAGGAAAACCUCAACAAGUUUUUUGACAAUGGUAAUAUUAGCUGGAUGCUCACAUCGACAUGUUUGUGUUUAAUUAUGGUACCUGGUGUUGCCUUUUUCUAUUCUGGACUUGCCCGCCGUAAAAAUACGUUAGCCUUAAUUAUGCUUUCUAUGCUCGGUCUAUGCAUAACUAUGUUUCAAUGGUAUUUCUGGGGUUAUUCCCUUGCCUUUUCUCAAACCGGCACUUCUGGGUAUAUUGGCAAUCUCCGUCAUUUUGCCUUCCUUCGGACUUUGGCAGACUACUCGCCAGGAAGCAACAACGUUUCCGAACUUGUGUUCGCAAACUUCCAAGGAAUGUUCGCGGCCAUUACGGUCGCGUUGUUUACCGGUGCCGCCGCUGAACGUGGCCGUAUUGGACCAAUGCUCCUGAUUACCUUUAUUUGGCUCACUGUCGUCUAUUGCCCCAUUACCUGUUGGAUUUGGAAUCCAAAUGGAUGGGCAUAUAAAUGGGGCGUGUAUGAUUUUGCUGGUGGUGGUCCAGUGGAAGUAGGGUCUGGUUUUGCUGCUUUAGCUUACACCGUCUGUUUAGGCCGUCGUUCCAAGUUUUUAGCUGAACAAUAUCGUCCUCAUUCCGUACUGAACGUCGUUUUGGGAACUGCUCUUCUUUGGUUUGGUUGGCUCGGGUUUAACGGUGGCAGCGCUUAUGGAUCGAACCUUCGUGCAGCAAUAGCUAUCACCAACACAAACCUGACGGCUGCAACAGCAGGUCUAGUCUGGGUCGUUCAAGACUUUAUAUUUAAAACUCGAAAGUGGACCACCAUUGGCUUUUGUUCUGGUGUAGUAGCUGGUUUGGUUGCAGCUACUCCUUGUGCAGGAUUCGUAAGUCCUCAUGCUUCUUUGGCCAUUGGUGCAGUUACCGGUCUAAUUUGUAAUUGGGCCAUUUUGUUAAAGACGCACAUGAAGAUUGACGACGCCAUGGAUAUUUUUGCUAUUCACGGCGUUGCUGGUUUUGUUGGUACCAUUUUGAAUGGUCUUUUUGCCGUUGACUACAUAGCGGCUAUGGACGGAACAUUAGUCGGUGACAAUGCCAUUCGAGGUGGAUGGUUCAAUCAUCAUUGGCGCCAAUUGGGAUUACAAGUGGCCUACAUUUGUGCGGUUGCAGCGUAUGAUUUUGUUGUUACUUUUAUUAUUUUAUUUAUUGCAGAUAAAAUCCCCUUCUUGCAGAUUCGUGUUACUCCUGACGCGGAAGAAAUCGGUGUGGACGCAGACCAAAUUGGUGAAUAUGCGUUUGAUUAUAUUGAAGAGCGACGUGAUUAUAAGCAAUGGAAGAUCUCGCCUUCUGGUAUUCCUGAAGAAAUCGUAGUAUCUAAUGGAAUUCCCCACCCUACAGGCAACAUUGCGGCUCCCGGUAAAGUAUUAGAAGUAGCUAAUCAACCGAAUAUUGAUUUUUCUGUUUAA